AUGGUGCAACGGAACAUCAUCGACGUCGAGCUCCUGACGGAGCAUCUCGGAUAUGCGCCGAUUUCGCUCCUCGACAGCAUCAUCAACAAUGUCAACGCAGUAGCCGACAAGACCCUCGACCGCGUCGAGCAAGGUCUCUCGAAAGCGCCUCCCAGAGCUCUCGGUUUCGAAAAGGCAUUGAAGCAGAAGAAGUCUCGCCCGGAUGCGUCGGUCAACGUCGAGGAAAUGGCGAAGCUAGAGAUCGUCGACGGCGUCCACAAGCUCGAGACCCUACUGUGCGCAGCUAUUGACAAGAAUUUUGAUAAAUACGAGCUCUACGUGAUGCAGAACAUCCUAGGCAUCCAGCCAAACCACCGAAACUGGAUGCGCCUCGCACACUACCACGGCCUCGAGUUCAACACCGUCCAUGAGGACGCCCCGACUAGAGAGAGUGUCGCCGCACUGAGAAGGAAACUGCAGGCGAGCCAGCGAUUGAACGUGAUGUUGCAUGGCGAACAGGCCAAGAACGCGGCACUGCUGGCAAAGCUGCGGGGGGUUGUCGGCGGUAAGCCCGCCGGCUCGCGGGCUUCGCUGGGGGAGGUCAAGAUCGAAGGGGUAGACGAUAGGGCGCCAUUCCAGUUCCUGCAGGAGAAGGGCGACCUCACGGAGGGAGACUACAAGACGCCCCUCACUACGACGACGGCGUUCAACAUGUCGCAACUGCAGGCGUUGCGGGCACUAUCGACCUCCCUAAGAAACAUCAUGCCCGAUCUGAAGGACCCGUCCAACGUCGAGGAUGGGUCGGAGAAGAACAAGAGCUGGAGGCGCGAGAGACUAGAAUAUGUCGAAAGUGCGACACGAAAGCAUCUCGAGCACGUGCGGGGCUUGGAGCUUGGCAAAGACGGAGAGAUCCGCGACGGCGAGUGGCAGGGUGAGGGCAGGAAGUUUGCCAUGGGCGAAGUUGAAGGGUUGGAGCAGGUAGUGUCUGCGCUGGGGGGAGGCUCCCAAGAGCCCGCCGAGCAGAACCAUCCCGACGCGAUGGACGAGUCAUGA